AUGCUAUAUUCUCAGUGUCCUGGGGGAAUGUCUUACUCUCAUUUCACCCGACGCUACAAUCAUCGAUGGGCCAACAUAUUGCGAUUUGCACACCCAACCAACUUUCCCGCGUGCGAUGAUUGCACAGCUUACAAGACAGCCUUUGAGGACAGCACUGAUGCUCUUGACAAGUUCACCAUCAGCAAACAAUAUAAGAGUCAUCUUGAUGCUGUUGGGGAAGACAGGAAGUUUGAGAACUGGCUCCAGGACUCCAAGCCUGGUGACGCCACUCUCCUGAUUCAUGCUGACGGUAUGGAUCAGUCGAAGUGGGUGGUGCCCAGACGACGGCACCACCUACUUACGAAAUCACUGAGUAAAUAUGACCGCCCGAAGAGCAAGCUGCAGGGGAUCUGGCUGCAUGGCUUUGCCAUGUUCCUCUACGUUUUAGAACCACGGCUUGCAGGGGAUGGCAGCAUGGUUAGCGAAUGUUUGGUUCGUUCACUGGACAAAAUGCACGAGUACUGCACCAACCAUAACAUCGCCUUCCCUCGCCGGGUGAUGUUAUGGGUGGACAACACCGUGAAAGAGAGCAAGAACAACACAGUUUACAAACUCUUAUCCUUCAUAUUGUUGCAGAAGGGCUUGGAGUUGGUUGGGAUAUGCAUGAGCCGGGUGGGACACACACAUGGAUGUCUGGACCAAUGUUUCGGCAUAAUUUCCCGAGCAAUGAAAUUUGUGGACGACCUGGCCGACGACGAUGAUAUAGUGGAGAAAGUGACACGCAUUGUACAGAAAGUCAACUUGAAGGCAUGGCUCGGGUCUGCGACAGUCUAUGUGGAAAAGCUGGAGUCGGUGAGGGACUUCAAGAGUUGGCUAGAACACGCACCAGUUCGAUAUGCUGGCGCCCUCAAAGAUGAUAUCAGCGGCGCGCAUUCUUUUGUGUUCCUGAGACGGAGAGAUGGCCAGAGCAAAGCAACGAUGUCAUCUGUCUUGUGA